AUGUUCCGGCAAGAACAGGGCUCCUAUAAGCAGAUUGCUGGUGGAGACCUAAGCAACGGGCUGACCGAGGAAGACCACGACACAUCCUCAGGAACCGUCUGCAAACCGAACUUUGGCAUCGAUACAGCCUACAAGAAGAUACCUACGGAGCACUUCGAGAUAGCCGAACCCGUCCUCACCCCUUGGUGGCAUGACCGCCUGGAGACCUGGCGUGGCCGUCUGGAGACGUGGCAAAGGCAACGGCUGCUUACGGGUUGGAGAUUUGGUGCUAUCUCCGCCGCCGCGAUCACAUCAUGUGUCUUCCUCAUCAAUCUGGUCGUCACCAUCUAUGCAGUAUCCACCACAAAGGUCGACUCAGACGGAAAAAGCGUACUGUACAAUGGAAGCUGCGGCAACAUCAAGCAAACCAACACUAGGGUGCAUCUGUUGAUCAAUGUAUUGAGCACAUUGCUGCUCAGUGGAAGCAACUACUGUAUGCAAUGCCUCUCCGCGCCUACAAGACUCGAGCUCGAUAGAGCGCACAUGCAGAAGAAGUGGCUGGAUAUUGGAAUUCCUUCCGUGCGCAAUCUGACGCGUAUCAGCUGGAGAAGAGCAGUGUUGUGGACCAUCUUAGGCACAUCAUCAUUGCCGCUUCACCUGUUUUAUAACUCGGCAGUGUUCGCUUCGACUUCCGUUAACGAGUACAAAGUCUUCAGCGUCAACGGAAACUUCAUGCUUGAAGGGGGGUUUGAGAGCUUGAAGAACAACAACUUCGAUUCAGUGGACAACGAGGUCGCGCAAAACAUGCACAAACUUGCAAAGACCGGUAAACUCUACAGCCUCGCGCCAAGCGACUGCAUAGCGGCCUACGCCAAGCUGUUUCAGUCCGAAAGAGGCAAUCUGCUCCUCGUCAGCAAUGACGAUCCGGCAAUGCUUCGAGACUUCUCAGCCAUUCCGACCAACGCCACGGUGAGCCAUCACAAUUAUGUAUACGCCGACCGAUCUUUACGUUGCCCUCCGGACAAUUUCGCUUGGAUCUGCGGGUUGAACCCGUGCAUCGAGUAUAACAACGAAUAUCAGCGGUACUGUUCUGACCGUUGGACCGACGUUGACGCCACGAACUGGGCGCCCUUUGGAUACAAGGUCGAUAUUUGCCUUAGUGAUAUGCCCCCUGAGCAUUGCAAGCUACAAUUCAGCCUCCACAUUGCAAUUCUGGUCAUCUUACUGAAUCUCAUCAAGGCGUUGGCAAUGGCAUACACCGCGCUCGGUAUCACGGAAAAUCCCCUCAUGACGGUGGGCGAUGCGGUAUCUUCGUAUAUUGAACGACCGGAUCCUUCGACUGCAGACAGCUGCCUUCUUGAAAAGGUCGACAUCCAAGCAGAACAGAUGGGCCACUGGUCAACCAUUCCAAGGCAUUUCAGUUUCAUGCGCAUGAGGUGGAUACAGCCAAAGAAGUAUGAUGCUAAGCCUAAGCGCUGGUACGGGGCUGUAAGCUAUAAGAGGUGGAUUACCUGCCUUGCAAUGUACAUUCUAGCCUUAGCCUUGGUUGGUGCAUUUCUGGGUGUAGGCGUCGCCUCCAUCAUGGGACCCAACGAUUUCACCACGCUGGUCAAACUCGGUCUCGGCGCCGUUAGCUCCAAGACGCUUAUAACAUGGAAUGUACCAUCUUUCGGCUCCAGCGGACUCAUCGCCAACGUUGUCCUCGCCAACUUAGCACAACCCAUCCUGUCGUUCCUCUACUUCAGCUACAAUGGCCUCAUCACUUGCUUUUUGCUGGCCUACGAGUGGAGUCAAUACGCCCUGCAGCGUAAGGGCCUGCGCGUAUCCAACAUUCCCCGCGGUAGCCAGCGAAGCACGUACUUCCUGCAGCUCCCUUACCGCUUCGCGAUGCCUCUGCUCGCCGUCUCAGGAAUUCUCCACUGGCUCGCGUCACAGAGCAUCUUUUUAAUUAGUCUUCAAGUCUAUGAUCCAAUCGGGCAGCCCGCGGUUCACGUCACCGUCCCGGCUUCCAGCUACGCCUCCAGCGUCAUGACGUGUGGAUACUCACCCAUCGCCAUCAUCUGCGUCCUCUGCAUCGGGGUGCUACUCAUCCUCUUUGGCUUCGUCCUGGGGCUGCAAAAGUUCAAGUCCGGCAUGCCGGUCGCCAGUAGCUGUAGCGCGGCGAUUGCGGCGGCGUGUCACUCGUCGCCAAACGAGAAGGGCGGCGAGAAUCCGGCGUUGCUGCCGCUGCAGUGGGGCGUCACCGAGAAGCCGGGCGCAGACGAUGUGUAUGGGCACAUUGCUUUCUCGAGCGGGGAGGUGGAGGAGCCGGUGGAGGGGUUUCUGUAUGCUGGGCGAAGGCGUCGGAAUGGUACGCGGUAG